UAAAAAAAGAAAAAAGAAAAAAAAGAAAGAACGCCUGAUCGCUGGUUACACUGUACUCAUUCACUUAUUACCAUUUUUGUUGCCAUGCUGAAUUUUUUUCCUGUGUGUGUAUUCAUUCUGGAAAAGAAUACACUUAUUUACCUUUAGGAGGAGGCUGUGGUACGUUGUUGGUCUGCGUCACUCGAGAAUCUGUACGUGAAUAAGCUUUUGGCGGUCAAUCGGCAGAAGACUGAUGUAUAUUAGCAGGAAGAUGCAGUGAGAAAAGUUGUGUUUGAUUCGUUCUUUGAAAGUCUUCCCUUCACAAAAAAUUAAUUGAUGUAUUUAACAAUUACCGUAGUUGGUGAGCUCGAGAUUUGUACCGCGCAGCAGUUGACGAGGCCUCGUCAACUAUUAUAAUCGAGUCGUUCGAAACUUUAUCUAAAUCCUCUUCGCAAAUAUUUCGAAAGAGCAAAGAAGCGAUUUUUAAUAAUCGCACACUGCUAUGUUACUCACUAUCUACUGACGGCGAUAGAUUGUGAGUAGCGUACCUACGGAACGGCAUUUGUGAUAGAAAGCUGCAGUAGUAGAUUUAUGUAAAACCUGAUAUUAAAUGGCUCGUUAGCACGCCACGAUCGCCCGCUGAAAUAUUCGAUACAGUCUUCCCUCUUUUAUUUAAUAAGAAUGUAUAUUUUUUUUAUGCCGAUGCUGGAUAUUCUUAUUAUAUAUUUAUCUCUGGCCGGGGUUAUCUCGAGAACUUGUUACUCGAUCUUGAGGGACUGCCCUGAAAAUGAGUGACAUCUGUUGCAAGCGGUAAACGGGCGACUGAAAUACAUUGCAAAAUAAUGGUAGCGCAGUAAUGGACUGUUUGGUUUGUUGCUCAAAUGUCAAAUAUUCUGACCCUGCGGUAGCUUGUGAUCCUACCGCCGCAAAAAAUUAGAACUAAAUGCGUCUGCUACUAAUCCAGCUGGAUUAUAUUUUAGGCCCUUUCAAUUUCAGAAAGAGAAAGUGGUGAUGAAUUUCCUAGUCAUGUGCUUUGCAUUCUCGUCCCCAGAGGCAGCGCUCCUUUUGUUCAGGACCAAGAAUCGCGACCUGUGGGAAGGACCUAAACCGGAAGUCCGCGAUUCACGGACUUCCCGUCACUUUGCGUAUGCCUAGAGUAAAGUCUAAUAAAUCUUUGACAAAUCUGAUUGGCUGAGAAUACGAAACAAUUAUUUUGCGCAUGUUCAGAAAAUUGGACCUUCCUGUAGAGGUCGCGAUUCUUGGUGCUGACCAAAAGGAGCGCGGCCUCUGGGGACGAGAAUGUGUGCUUUGGUAAGGGAGCAAAGGAUGAAAAUGUACGCACGCGUGGGUUUAGCAUGACAACAGAGCGUUACGUUGCUGAAUGUCACGCUUCUGUCUCGAUUCGAGAGGCCUCAAGAGUUUCUCGCACUUUGUUCUCGACUCAACAUACCCUUGCGCUGAACGUGUAAAACUACGUGUAAGCUUCUCAGGGUGGAAGUUGGGGACAAAAAAAGGCUAAGUAUAACUCGAGUGUGACUUGUGAUGUUCAUCACAUGUCAUCAUAUGCGCGGGCAGGUCGGCUUGCUUCAUACUCAGCGUCUAUUCCAAUGUACUCUGAAAGUCUGAACAUUUCUGCCACUGCUACGUUCUGAUCCCUCGAUUGUCUUCCUCAAGCCGGAAUUUGGUUGCAGUCUGUUCACCGUAGUUGGUUUCUUCGAAUGUAAAAGAUAUUGAACUGAGAAGAUCAGACUAACUCCGUUUGACUCGCAUCAGCAAAUGUUUUCACCCUUCAAAAGGUUUUCGUUAUUGCUUUGUAAAAGGUUUCUCAACUUGAUCAUCAUUCUAUGUUUCAUCACACCAGCGGUAGUAAAUUAUUGGCGAGGAACAUGGUACAUUUUAGACUUGUUUGUGUUUCCAGCCGACAAAGUUUUGAGUGCCUCGUUUACAUUCACAGCCAGCUUUGGAGCUAUAUUCUUGGUGAUGUUUAUCGAGGAUUAUAUAAAAGAAUUUUUAGAUGAAAGAAAAGCGAGAAAAGGAUUGUAUCUUGUUCUCUUUUACCCUCUGGCGUUUUUGAGCGUAACAUCGUGGAGAGGACUGUGGAUGAUGCUUGACCUUUACACAACUACAACUCUAACAAGUGCCAUUGUUUCUCAUGUCGUUGGAUUCUUAAUCCUUUUAUGUACAAAAAGUUCAUCUAGUAUCAUGGUAAUUCCUGGCUACUGUGCCAGCGAAAGACACAUUGAUUUAUCAAAAGGUAUUCUGGUUGGAAAGAAAUAUUUGAGGAUCAGAACUACUGCCUGUGCUGAUAUCACCUCCAGGAUGUUGAAUAGUUUUGUUACCGUGUUCAUAAUUGGAGGUGCGGUGAUAUGCUAUUGGCGAGGAACUUGGCUGAUUAUUGUCGCUACAAUGGUUACCCCAACCCACAAUGUUAUAUCAUGGGUUGCAUUAGUUGGCUUGGGGUACGCUGUGGUGACCGUGUGCUAUUGUCUGAGUGAGUUCAUUAUAACCAUUAAACUGACUCCGCCAUAUUCUGUGUUGAGUCGAUCGCUAGAGCAGGUAUUUGUGUACAUUCUUGGUUUCGGAGUGGUGGCUUCCUGGAUAGGAAUAUGGCACUUAAUGGAUAUCUAUCUACUGCCAGAACACCCAGUGUUUGGUGCGCUGGUCUGUCAUUUUGCUGGGAUCGGUAUUCUUUAUAUUCUACAAGCAAGCGUGAAUUUAGUUGGUUCGCCAGCAGGUUGUAGAGUGCAUGACAGUGAAACACUGGAAGGGUUUGACUCUGGAAGCUACUUACAAAAAAGAACAGAACCAGCUAAACAGGAAAAUAUUACGACAGAUCCAAUUCCUGGCUACUGUGCCAGCGAAAGACACAUUGAUUUAUCAAAAGGUAUUCUGGUUGGAAAGAAAUAUUUGAGGAUCAGAACUACUGCCUGUGCUGAUAUCACCUCCAGGAUGUUGAAUAGUUUUGUUACCGUGUUCAUAAUUGGAGGUGCGGUGAUAUGCUAUUGGCGAGGAACUUGGCUGAUUAUUGUCGCUACAAUGGUUACCCCAACCCACAAUGUUAUAUCAUGGGUUGCAUUAGUUGGCUUGGGGUACGCUGUGGUGACCGUGUGCUAUUGUCUGAGUGAGUUCAUUAUAACCAUUAAACUGACUCCGCCAUAUUCUGUGUUGAGUCGAUCGCUAGAGCAGGUAUUUGUGUACAUUCUUGGUUUCGGAGUGGUGGCUUCCUGGAUAGGAAUAUGGCACUUAAUGGAUAUCUAUCUACUGCCAGAACACCCACUGGUUGGUGCGCUUGUCUGUCAUUUUGCUGGGAUCGGUAUUCUUUAUAUUCUACAAGCAAGCGUAAAUUUAGUCGGUUCACCAGUAGGUUGUAGGGUGCAUGGCAGUGAAGCACUGGAAGGGUUUGACCCUGGAAGCUACUUACAAAAAAUAACUGAACCAGUUAAACAGGAAAAUACAGCAGAUCCGUAACUGUUAAUCCCAGAGAGCGUUCAGAGAUUGCAUUCCGCCCGCGAAAAUCUACUGUGGAUUCCGAGAAAAAGAAGCUCAAUAAAAUCAUUAUAACUUGAUGAGAAUGUGAUAGUGAAUGAAAUUAGACAUAUGAACAGCAGAUAUAAACAAUGCCGAAAAAAAACCCUGUUGAAUCGUUCGUUAUUCAAUUGGUAUCCACAAACAACCCGCAGGCUCACCCAGGUAGCGCAAAAAUCUCUGGACAAGCUCUACCAGAUGCGGGGACAUAUUUCCUCUCGCGCUCAUUCCCUUUAUGACCCUACAUAGAGCGGAGAAGGAAGAGUUUAGGGACUCGGACCACAACACACUAACAAUCGAUUUUCACUGAGUUUGUAAGUGACGGUUUCCACUGGGUAGAAGACGGAGAAACUGUGGAGCCUUUAUCCCUUCACAUAAAUGCGAAAUAAGGGUGCUGGUCAGCCAAAAGUUAAAUGAAACAGUAAAUUUCUGGGAAAUCCGUUCUGAAAUUGUGGACCGCCUCCAGAGGUAGUCUUCUUUUUCUGUUCGGAACAGAAGGGCGGAAAUUUCCUCACCAUUUGGUCUUAUUUUCCAGUUUCCAGUCUAUCAUCAGCUUAAAACAAUAACGGGGAAUUCGGAAAUGUACAUGGUAAUCGCCAUUUCGUUGGGUUGGUUUGCUGAUUUUGGAAAAACCCUCACCAUUAUUCAACGACAGGCCAUCAGAAUCUCUUGUCAAGGGUCAUCCCAACUUUUAUUCUGACAAAUGGUGAGCAGAAUGGUGCAUGGUGCGUACCUUUUGCUGACGUACAACUUCGGUCCCAGGCUUCUCUCUGCUUUGACAAGGGAGGACUCAAUCUGGAAGGCAAGGGAAGCUUUUUAAUUAUAAAAGACAGAAAAAUUGAUCCUGAUCAGGAAGAAACCUAUUACUUCAUUGGAUCGGUAUCUGCUUUUAUAUUCUUCAUGUUCCAUGUCACGCCGAUUCGAUCACUUAGUCUACAAGAAUCUGAGACUUUUGCUUAGUAAUGAAACUGAAUCUUUUACACAAACACUGUUCCUUCCGCGAACGGUAGUUGGGAUCGAGGUUGGCUGAUGCGAUGCUAUGUCCAGAUGUCAGCGAGUUUAUACAGCACGUAUCAACGAAUCUAUCAGUCUCGCUGGCCCCCAUACCCGGGGGGGCACUGCCAUAUAUGGGCUAUAUAGGUAUG